AGCAACAUCUUGGAGUGACGACACAACCUUGAACUAGGUCUUUGUUCAUGUAGAUCUUGCAUGUACUGUUAUCACUCUAGCGAGGCUUCUAAAAAUGACUGAACCGGUAUAUCUAAAAGUCCCAUAUAAGCAAUGUCGGUAUAGCAAUGCAUGUAUAUACUACAUCUUCUUUCUUUCUAUGUAAGCAUUAAGUAAAUACAAUUGUGUAUUGAUUAGUUAGUGAAAUUGAAUAUAUGUACAAGUAAAUAUGUUUACAAGGUAAAAACAACUAUUGGUUUACGCAAUUUUGUGACUAUAGCAGAAUUUCUGUGGAUCACAACUACUACGAAUAUUAUUAUUGCAACAUACUCAAAUACAAGUUCUGAUUUUGCUUUUGGAACUUUGUGGUUUUCACGGAAUUGACCAGCACGCUGAAGAGAUGAAGAUAAUCACAACUGCCUUGGAAAAAGAAGGGUACGGACCAAAUCAGGCAACUGUAGAUGAAGUGAUUCGUUACCUUUGGUGGAAGAAGGAGAGAAAUGACAUAGAGCUGACUGAAACAAAGGAGACAUUGGCUGCUCUUGGUGGGGAAGAACCACAGCAGGCAUUCAAGAUUUGGAAAGAGGAAAAUGAAAGUCUGGUUUCUCAGAUAACAUCAUUGAAAGAAGAACUUCACUCUGUGGCCAGGAAGUCAAGAAUUACCGAGGAAACACUGAGAAAAGAAGUGGAAGAGCUUGGUCUAGACAACCAACAUGUUCGUGAAGAUCUACAUGUUGCUCAAGGCCAAGCGGCUCUUGCUCAGGAGAAAACUCAAAUAGCAAAGAAAGAGCUAGCAGAGAUUAGGAACAGAAUAACUCAGCAAACUACUGAAAUUGGUGAACUAAAAGGUAUGCAAGAGAAGUCUCGUAUAGAAUUAGAACAGGUGAAUGCAUCUGCCCAUCAAGAGAAGCGGCACAAUGCUGUACUUCGCUCUGAAGCUGUUUCGUUACGUCUUCAAUUAGAAGGACAGAGAGAGCAAAUGCAGCUACUUUUUACUGAACAAAGUGAUACCAAUGUGCAGUUAGCUUCUGCUAUAUCUACAAAAGAACAACUUCAGAAACAGAUUCAGGAACUGGAAGCACAGGUUUCUAGUUUGCAAUCAGAUAGUGAAGUUACAAACCGAUACAAUGAGUCAAUAGCAACGAAGUGUGACGAUCUUGGUCAGCAGCUGGAUGAGGCUCAUGCUAUGAUCACAACAAAUGAGGCUCAACUUACGAGAGACCAGGAGCAGAAGGAGCAACUUCAAAAUGACAUUAGAGAUUUGGAAAAGGAACUGACAGGAAGGAUGACAGAGCUUGAACGUUACAACCUGAAUCAAUGUGAACUGCAAGAUGAAGUGAAUCAUCUUUUAAAAGAGCUUCAAGUGGCUCGCGAUCGAGUUUCCUUAAUGGAGGAAGACAACUCAAAACUAGCAUCACAGCUGAAAAGCAGUGCUGAAGCUAUACAACUUACCAGCACAGAUAAGGAUAAUCUAGCAGUGUAUCUUACUUCCGCUAAGACGGAUCUUGAAGACACUAGAAGACAAGUUGUUGCACAACAGCAACAGUUGAAUGCAAGAGAUAGAAAAAUAGACCAUCUGGAGCAAAAGGUUGAAGAAGGAGGAAGACGUAACGAUGAAAUUCAGCGAAUGCAUGAUGAAACCAAGGCUGACUUGGAAUUGUUUCAAAGGAAGGCUGAAGAAGGGCAUGUUAAAGAAAACUUUCUUCAGACUCAGUUAGCUGGAAAGGAAAAAGAAGUUUGCUCAGCAAAAGAGCUAGUGGAAUCAUUGAGAAUAGAGAUGACUGAGCUACUUGUGGAGUUGCAUUCCACAAGAGACAAGAUAGAUGGCGCACAGAAAGAAGUGAUUGCAAUUAGAGGAGUGUGUCAACAGCAGUCUGAACAUAUUGAUCAGCUGACAAAGCAAGUGGAAAUCACUGCAAAGGAGCUAACGGCUGCUCAUGCGGAGCUGUCUGGUGAAAGAAAGACAGUUGCUCACCUGAAGACAGAGUGUGGCAAAUUUGAGGCUCAUGUACAAUCUCUCUCUGAAAAAGUUGUUGAAGAGGGCCAACAGGUUGUUCAGAUAGCAACUGAACUUCGGUUGGCUAGAGAACUUAGCACAACAGAAAGUAAACAGGCUAGUGGCAAAAUAGGAGUAUUAGAAGGAGAAAAAGGAAUUUUGGAAGGUGAAAUUAAAGCUCUGACCAGUUAUGUGGAGUCAAUGCGGAUAGAACACGAAGACGUACAACGAGCUUUGAGUAAAGAAAAGAAAGAUUGGGUGCAAGAGAAAGGAGAAAAUCAAGCUGAAAUUAAAGAGCUGAAAGUCCAACUACAGACUGAAAGAGAAGCAAAGCAGGAUCUUACUGGACAACUUUCCAACAAGCAAGAACAUAUUGAAUCUUUGACUGCUGAAGUUGCAGCUGUGAGAGAGCAGUUACUUCGAGAAAAGCAAGCCGAAGAGAGAGAGCUGAGACGAGUGUUGGAGAGAUUACAAAGUGAGGCACUCAAGCAGCAGACUAAACACGAGGAGCAAUUAAUGAAAGCUAAUCAAGCAGAAAAGCAGGCUGUAGCAAGAGAAAGAUCUUUACGGACUGAACUGGAAACAUUGGAAAUGCAGAAGGCAGGUUUGCAAUCGCACGUUGGGAAGCUUCGAGAACAGAACAGAACUGAGCAUGAAAAUGUGAAAUCAUUAGAGAGGCAUGUUCAAGAGGUAGAAACAGAAAAGGAGCAAGCACAACAGGAAAACAUAAGGCAAACCCAGGAGUUCACUAAACUUCGAGAAAGGCAUGAUCAAGAGAUUCAGCAACUAAUGGAGCAGCGUACACAAAGUACAGGUGAACUGACAGCAGCGCAUGAAGUGUCGCAGUACUUGACUAAAGAAAAUGAUACUUUACAAGCUCAGUUGAAUCAUUUGGGUCAUGGUUGAAUGUCAGCUUGGAUACAUUGAAGACUGUAGCAUCUAAAACUGUUUCUGUUAAUACUAUUCCUUUUAG